CCUAACAGUUAUGUCGCCAAUUGGAUAGAAACCUAGUUUUGGACACCCUAUUCCUAGUCCACUCCACUUUGGACCAGGGCCCGCAUCGGGCUGAGUGGAGGGCGGGAUAAAUCGCUUCGGUGUAGAUUUCCUGUAAAUCAUUUACACAAUAAAUAGCCUACUACGGCACUGAUCAGUAUUCGAAUCGUAUAAUAAUAGCCGAAUUACAUUUCGAAUCUUAUUUACAGUAAACGUACAGAUGUUUUGUUUAAAGAAAGGUCGUAUUUUCUCUCAUCGUUCCAAUGUAGAUUGUCCUACUACUCGAUCCGUAGGUUUGUUUCCGGAAAUUCUAUUGUUUUUGUGUAUGCUUUUUGCGUUGGCUCUAACUAGCUAACUGCCAUCUCUCAUUAUCUCUAUUAUUUAUAUUUAUUACAAUAACCUAAUAUACAUUAACUGCUGCAUCUUAUCUCUCGAAAUGAUAAAAACAUGUAUUACUAGGACAGUCAUUGAGUCAGACAACAACUUCCAAUAGUAGCUAGAUUAGAAGGGUUUAGUUUCCAGUAUAUUUGCUGCAAACGUUAGCUUCCUAUCAUUUUUUUUGACUCGAUCGCAGGACCGAUUCGCCUGUACAAAAGUAACUAAACGUUACGAAUUCGUAACUGUAUCUAGUUACACAUAGACAGUUUGCUAUGAUGUCCGAAGCCACCGUAACCUUCCAGUCUCAGCUCUCCGGAGUCAUGGAGACGGUAUUCAAGGCUGCUAUGUACGAGAUCACCAGGCUGGUGGACGAUAGCUUCAUGAAGGAGAUGUCCCGGAGCCGGGAGCAGGUCGAGUCGCUGAAGAAGCGGCUGCAGUGGUCGGAGAACAGACGCAGGGAUAGGGACAGAGAGGGAGGCCGUAUCGGGAAGUGUGCGGACUGUGGAAGAGCUAACGAAGACAAGGAGAGAAGCUCUGGAGCCUCACAGACAGGUGUGGAGAGGGGGCGUGGCCUGAAGCAGGAGAAGGUAUCAGGGGAGGAGUGGAGCAGCUGUGGGGGUGUGACCAGGGAAACAACCUUCAAUGAUCUGGAGGAGGCUGAGGCCACCAGCCCUAGGAUAAUCUCUGAGGUAGGUAGGGGACUGACUAAACACAUGGAGGCUGAGGCCACCAGCCCUAGGAGAAUCUCUGAGGUAGGUAGGGGACUGACUAAACACAUGGAGGCUGAGGCCACCAGCCCUAGGAGAAUCUCUGAGGUAGGUAGGGGACUGACUAAACACAUGGAGGCUGAGGCCACCAGCCCUAGGAGAAUCUCUGAGGUAGGUAGGGGACUGACUAAACACAUGGAGGCUGAGGCCACCAGCCCUAGGAGAAUCUCUGAGGUAGGUAGGGGACUGACUAAACACAUGGAGGCUGAGGCCACCAGCCCUAGGAGAAUCUCUGAGGUAGGUAGGGGACUGACUAAACACAUGGAGGCUGAGGCCACCAGCCCUAGGAGAAUCUCUGAGGUAGGUAGGGGACUGACUAAACACAUGGAGGCUGAGGCCACCAGCCCUAGGAGAAUCUCUGAGGUAGGUAGGGGACUGACUAAACACAUGGAGGCUGAGGCCACCAGCCCUAGGAUAAUCUCUGAGGUAGGUAGGGGACUGACUAAACACAUGGAGGCUGAGGCCACCAGCCCUAGGAGAAUCUCUGAGGUAGGUAGGGGACUGACUAAACACAUGGAGGCUGAGGCCACCAGCCCUAGGAGAAUCUCUGAGUCCACAGAGGUCGGAGGUCAGAAGCUGGACAGUCUGCUGAAAGAGGAGGCUCUCCACAACACUGAGCUACAGGAGAGAUGGGAGUUCUGCCUGGAUGGGGCCGAUGGUUCAGACGUCUCGGGGCCCAGUAAGAGUUUUAUUCAGCAGGAUCUACAGCGGUGCCAGGAUGACUGGGCUUCUGGUCUAGACCAGCAUCCUGAACCACCGGGCCCCGAGGGAGAGCCAGAGGACCCCACCGACCCUCUCUACCGCCCUCGUUACAGCAUGGAGGAACUUGGGGGCGCCUUUGAAAAGUCUGGUUACAGCGGUGAUGGUGGGAGCGACCAUCUUCUAGACAUGGAAGGGCUGGAUAGGCUUCCUGGUUCUCCGUCUCGUCUGGGAGCGCUGAGCUACGGAGCUGCAGGUCACUACCAGGUGGACCUGGGGAGGUCUGAGGGGGGAGACCAUCACCAUCGCUCCCACAUGCCUCGCCCCCAUCAGAGCCGGAGGGAGCAGGUGGGGUCGCCAACGCCAUCCCCCCACCCAGAGGUGGGAGACCGGAACUGCCUGUUGAUCAACGAGGAGGGGUACCUGCAGGACUCCAGUGUCUUGUACCCAGAACAUGGUGUCCCAGAGUCAGGUAGUAGAGCCGGCCACAGGGGGCUAACCUCCAUCCACUCUGGAAGCUCAGCCCACAACAACAACACAGAGAGCCUGUAUGAUGCCGCUGACGACUUUGGACUCUCUUUAAACCUCAGAGAUCGUUCACAAGAGCAGGUAACAGGAGGAGGGGGGAGGCGUCAUGCCUGCAAUCAAUGUACCAUGACCUUCCCAGACUUUGGUUCCCUCAAGGCCCACAAGCAGACACACAAAACUGGUAGAGAGUCAGGGUCUGGGCCUCCGUACUCCUGCACCCAGUGCGGUAAGACCUUCACCCAGGCCUGCAACCUCAAGGUCCACCAGCGGGUCCACCAGGCAGAGGGACUCCACCUCUGCAGCCAUUGCGGCAAGGGCUUCACCUCCUUCUCCGACCUGAAGAGGCACAAGUGCAGCCAGACCACAGACAAGCCCUACUGCUGCUCCAUCUGUGGGAACAAGUUCAGUCGGCUCUGGAACCUCAAGCUGCAUCAGCGCAUUCACACGCAGGAGAAACCCCACCGCUGCACUAUGUGUGACAAGAGCUUCACACGAGCAGACAUUUUGAAAGUGCACCUGCGCAUCCACACCGGGGAGAGACCUUACUGCUGCGCUGUGUGUGGACUCCGCUUCAAACGACUGGACCAUCUGAAGUUGCACCAGCGCAAACACAGGCCGGAUCUCCUGAACUGAAUUUUAAAAAGUUACAUUUUUGUUCUUUAGCAUAUGCUUUUAUCCAAAGCGACUUACUUUUAGUGCAUUCAACUUAGUUGGUUCGUUAUUAUUUUAUUUGACGUUGAGAAAAAAAACGUUUUGAUAAAUUGUUUAUUAGUAAGGACAUUGAAAAUAUGAGCUGUUGGAAAUAUAACCAUGUAUUGAAUAAGAAUGUAUGCCUUAAAUGAUACAUUGUCUGUGAAUUGUCUGUCAUAAUGACCAUGCCAAACUACCAAACAUUAGAAUAAUACUGCUUUCAUGAAGUCUGCAGUGGUGUAAAGUACUUAAGGAAAAAUAUUUUAAAGUACGACUUAAGUAGUUUUUUGGUGUAUCUGUACUUUACUAUUUGUGUUUUUUACAACUUCUCCUUUUACUUCACUACAUUCGUAAAGAAAAUGAUGUACUUUUUACUCUAUACAUUUUCCCUGACACCCAAAAGUACUUGUUACAUUUUGACAGGAAAAUGGUCCAAUUCACACACUUAUCAAGAGAACAUCCUUGGUCAUCCCUACUGCCUCUGAUCCGAAGGACUCACUAAACACAAAUGCUUUGUUUGUAAAUUCAUGGCAGAGUGUUGUAGUGUGCCCCUGGCUAUCCGUAUAAAAAUUUAAAUUAAUUGUGCUGUCUGGUUUGCAAAAUAUAAGGAAUUUUAAAUUAUUCAUACUUUCACUUUUGAUACUUAAUUACAUUUGAGCAAUUCCAUUUACUUUUAAUACUUAAGUAUAUUUAAAACCAAAUACUCUUAGACUUUUACUCAAAUAGUAUUUUACUGGGUGACUUUCAGUUCUACUUGAGUCAUUUUAUAUUAAGGUAUCUUUACUUUACCUCAAGUAUGACUUUUGAGUACUUUUUCCACCACUGCAUGUCGGAAACUGGGAACCUCAGAGUUCAAAUUAAGUUAUUUGCAUAGAGCUUCCAAUUGGUUGAUUUUGAUACUUUCCAAGUGGGAAACUUGGGUAUCAUCUUUCUACAACGAUUUCCAAGUUGUACAUUUUUGAGUUUGUUAGUUCCAACAUGUCAUGAAUGCAGCAUAUGCCUCAUAUCUUCUGUUCAUCAAGCUUGCUUUCUACCACAGUCACUACCCAUACUGUAACCAUGCAUUUUCUUCCUGUACAUAAUACUUUGUUAACUGAAUGAAUUGAACCUGAAUUGCCGUAAUUGUCUUUCAUGUACAAUAAAUAUUUUGCUUCCCA